UGCAUUGGGAAACUUUGACCCCCGAGCGGAGUAUCUUUCCUUUCUCUUCAGACGACUGAGUGUAUCUCAAAUUAUUUUCCUUUUUUGGUGUUGGAUGGGAGUGAUGAAACGCUCCGCACAAAGAUAGUAAAUAAGAUGUAAGAUAGUGAUUAAGAAUGUUCGGCUUAGCAUCGUUGUGUCUAUAAUCUAAUCAAUAAGUGGUCAAGUAUAACCCGGAUUCGCGUUUGAAACUGGAGAGUGAAUAGAAUAUUGUGAACAUUGUGAGCUCCAAUCACUGGAAUCCUGAGAUUCAUCAUUUGAUUUUUACUCUUGGAAUUAUUAAGAAACAGAUGGAUUUUCAUGAUGCAUGCAUCUUGUAAGAUCGACUGAAGAAGCAACAGGAUGCGUGGUAAAUCGGUGGUGUGGGACCACUUCAACUGCGAGGAUGAAGAGGGACAAGCAACCUCACCAACCGGUGGCAAGUGCCGUCCUGCUGCCUACUGCAGCUACUGCAAUCUCAAGUACACCUUCCCGAAUGCCACCAAGAUGAUGCGACACUUGCUGAAGUGUUCCCUUUGCCCGGAUGCCACCAAGCGUGAGUUGGAGCAGAGCGGGUUUGGUGAAUACCGGAUCGAUCACAACGGCAGCUCCAUGAACAAUUCACAUGACGAUGAUCUGCAUGCGGCACCUCCCUCUAUGGUUCGACAGAUGAUUCAUCCAGUCUAUGUGGAGAACGAGAGUCCAACGCCAGGGACGUCGGCAUUGUCGCCGCACACGGGACUCCUAGUCGUUCCCAAUCCGCAACAUCGGAACGACCACCAUGAGAUUAGGACUGGCCGUCUGAGCGGAGAUUCUAAUAGGAUGGAAGACCAGGAGCAGGUGUCGCCGACAGACAGGGCUCUUGCAAGAGCGAUAUUCUCCUCAGACGUUUCGCUAGAUAUUGUAGAGAAUGUUCAUUGGCUAGAGCUGUUUCGCCAUCUUCAACCGACCUAUGCCUUACCGUCCAAAGAAGCUCUCACUGGGAGACUGCUCGAUGAUGAAUACAUGGUGACAUUCGAUAGGAUAUCAACCGAAAUCAGCAAAGCAAGGUUCGCUGCUGUGUUGGUGCAAAGUAAUCACGUUAAUAGCACGGUUGACCACCACUCGGAAAGACAGAGCAGGCUUUACAUAACCACACCAAAGCCUUUGUUUGUUGGAUGCAUGGAAGCUGAACAACAGCAGAACUCUUCUGUCAUUGCCGAAGUAAUUUCGGGCGUCAUCGCCAAAACAGGCCCGGGCCAGGUGCUCCUUGUCACCACAGACUUAACCAAAAACUUCCGCGGUGCCUGGCCAAUUAUUACAUCACAGUUUCCAAUAAUAACCACGGCAGGUUGCCCGAUUGAAGGACUUCGAAUGAUACCCAAAACCAUAUUGGCGCAGGACACGAUACGUGGUAUGGUAAAGCGGUCCUUCAAAUUGUAUGAGCUCUGGAAUCGGCUUGUGCAGAACAAUGAAGCACUCAAAUGCAUUCAGUUACCUUAUUCAUCUCCGGACAAAAACGGAACCAUGGAUGUCAGAGAGAUCAUGAGUGCUCUAGAAAAGUUAAGAGGGUGCAGAGAUAAACUGGAAGAAGGCGUUCGUUCAAAAACAGUGUCUACUGACUCAGAAACCAAAGACAUACUUCUUGAUGAGUCUUUCUGGGACAUCGUAAAUCUCAGUGUUCAGAUGUGGGACAUUAUCCAUGUCUGUAUAUCCAAACUGGAAGAAGAAACAGCGCGGCUGUCGGACGUUGUCGUGGAAACCAUGAGGGCCGACAAAUUGCUGGCAGAGGCUCUUGGGGACUCAUGCUUAGAAGCUAAAGAGAAGGGACCCAUUCUCCAGCAGUCAUAUGAAGUUCAACGGAACUGUUGGACCCACCUUCAUUAUGCCGCCUGCCUUGUAGAUCCGAGAUACUGUGGGAAAUGCUUGCCCGAGACCGCCACCAACGAUGCCAUUCAGUACAUUGUAGAGUUAGCCAAGAACCUUGGACAAGACGCUGGUCGCGUUCUUGCAAGCCUGGCUGAGUUCCGUGCAAAGGAAGGACGUCUUUGGUCGCAGGAGUACGUCUGGGAAGCUUCCUCGCAUGUGGCCCCGGCGACAUGGUGGAAGGGGAUCUGCGAUACGCAACCGCUCUCCCAGAUCGCCUCAGGGAUUCUCAGUCUAGCUGUGACCACGUCGACUACGGAGACAUCUUCGUAUCGCCGCGAGGAGAACUUAACAUCUGAUCAGGCGCAGAAAGUCAUGUUUGUUCGCGCCAAUAGUAAAUUAGUGAUGACGACCCCUAAUAAUCCCGAUAUGAUCAUGGUACCAGGUGGAUAUUAGAUCUUGACCAUCUUACAAAUCUUCAAAGACGAGUUACCUUUUCGAUUAUUAUACUGAAUGGCAUCGUUAGUUUUUCCGUCUUGAUAUUUUGCCCCUCUAUCGUUAUUUUAUAGAGGUAGGGUUAGGGGCAGGUUUUUAUGUCAUUUGCCCACUUCUUCUUGUUUGAACUGUGCAAAGGAUUGGAUUUGUGGAUAAUUGAAUUUCCUGGUACCUUUGUAGUUAUUCUUUCAAGAGUCAAUUAUGAACUUAUAAGCUAUCGGUGAUAUUACACUGUGACCAUUUCCACUGACACCAAAAAGACAAGCAACAAAUUCCCAAAUCCCAUGUUGUCCGAAAAUCAACGAAUGUUCAUAAUCUCCUUACUCAAAACCGUUUGAUACGGUCAACGAACCCCGUAUGAAAGUUUUUAUACAAUUUAUUGCUAUACAUAAAAAUCGUUCGUACGGCGUUCGUAAAGGUAUUUGUGACCAUAGCAUUAACUAGAAAAAAAAAAUCAGCAUUGUCAGAAAUUUGUGUGAACUAAACUAUACGCCAAACGAUUUUUAAGAACAAACAGACUUGUGUUUCAUACGAACACUUGCUAAAUUUCAUGUUGUAGGCGAUGUUUUCUCCGUUACUGGUAGUUUUGUGGUUUCCUUUUUUUUUUUCGCUAAGUCUUACUUAUUGUGGAAAAUACUUUUACAAUUUUCUGGUCACCCACCCCCGAAAUGGACUUGUUUCGAUAAGUUAUUCACAUAUUUCCUGGGUGUAUUUAAAAUUGGUCAAAGUCGCACGCAUCAAUAAAAUCCUAAUUGGAAUAUAACAGAUUUAUGCUUCAACUUCAACUGGGUCAUCUGAAUUCUUGAAUUAUGUAACUAAAUUUUAAAAGAAGACCAUAUUGCCUUUGUAACAUGUCUGUUUACGAGGAAUGUAGACAGUUAAGAAGUUUAUCGAGGAAAUGUUUUUCUGUUCUGCUUUGUGUUUUCCAGAUAUUUAACUACACUCUUAUGUACUCAGAAUUGUUUUCUUUAUUUUCAUUAAGAGAAAACUCCACAGAAACACCAUUGUAUUUGCAAACGUGAGAUAUAUUUUACAUAAGUAAAUUAUAUUCCGGAAAAAAUAAUGUACCGUAAUAAAAGAGGUAUGACCGAGUGUGUUAUUUCUCUUGCGCUUGAAUUUGUUAAACAAGUUUACUGUUUAAUCUACCUGUUUGUUUUUAUUUGUGUGUGAUAAAAAAAAACGAUAAUACAUUUGAAAACAGUUAGAUGACGAUGACAGUCACGCAAAUUUAGCAUGGGUCCCGUCUCACAAAGAAUUUGCAGUUGACUCAAAUCGAAAAAAUUAAGGGUGAUUUUCAAAUCAUGUUUUGAAAGGGCUGGUACAUUAAUAUUGAUCUCAAUUGGCGUUUGAUUUUUUUAUCCAUCGAAACGAUAGGCUACUCUGUUUUGCGAUGUGACCCAUAUCAAUUGGGUGCCCAUACUGCCCAAAUCAUGGUGUGAAGAGUUUCUAAGAUCACAAUGUCACAAAUAGUAUGUAGAUGUUAUGAUAGUGAUGAAUCAUUUAUAUUCCAAUGACCUGGAUUGUGGUCAAAAGUUUGAUCCGCCGAUCAAGUCAAAUUGGGUCUCAAGACUGGUCAUUCUGAACGCAAACCCAAUGCUGACUAUACUGUGCAAUUGGUUUUCCUAAGUCUGGUAAUAGUAAGUCUGGACAUCAUUUGAUUAUGAUGAUUAUGAUAGAUAUGGGUGCUGCCACAUCAGUCCAAUGAUUUUUUUUAUCGAGCAGAGUUGAGGAUACGUCUCUAAUAUUUUCCCUAUUUAACAUCUUCAAACCCUUUUCUUAACACUGUUUGCUUUCUCUCUAUUAUUGUAUUGACUUGUCAAUAGGGAAUUUUUGCUCGGCGACGUCCGGCGGGUUCAGUGACACAGUAAAUGUAGUGAAAAUACCUGUCAAAAUGACAAAUAACAGCUGGGAGUUCGUUGUCGAAAAUUGGCAAACCGGAACAGCAAUUUCCUUCUAAAGUUUCGGAGCUGACGAAUAAUUGCAGAUAUGUCGUUUGUCCAAGAUAAAACUGCUGUUUUGAUUCAUCAAUGUUUGACAAAGACCUCUUGGUUGUUCUUUGUCGUGAAGGAUGUUUGCCAAUACAUUUUCACUGUUCGUGAAUCCUCCGUAUGCUGUGGCGCGAAAAUUCCCUAAUGUCACGUGUGUUAGGCCCUGACAGAGAGAUGAGUUUUCGGUAUAAUGCGUCGAACAUAAAUGAAUGAAAAGGCGUCAGCUUCGUUUGCUGUACAUGUAUAGUUAUGAUGAUUUUAAUAAAAUUUACUUCAAUAUGAAUAA